AUGUCUCCAAUCGUCAGUGAGAUCCUCCUCUCCGGGUUUAUGAUAAAUUCCGCUCUGAGGCGCAGGACCCAUCUGGUUCAGUCCUUCUCCGUCGUCUUCCUCUACUGGUUCUACGUCUUCUCGUGA